CUAAGAAAUGAGUAACGGUUAAAUCGGUUAAGAUGGAAGACGAUCUGUAUACAGUAUUUCAAAAUUGUUUUAAUAAAAUUGCUAAUAAAGCUCCAGGUUCUGAAAAAACAACAUUCACUAAUGCAUAUCCAACAAUGGAAUCCGUCGGACUACAAUAUGGAUCAGAUGAAUUUGGAGAAGGGACAAUUAACGAUGGAAGAUUUGUGUCACCAAAGAGUGGACCUCUUUAUGCUCCUGAAAAUUUUUAUGAUACUGCAAGUGGAUCUUGGUAUUCAGCGUCAGGUGGAGGAAGUGGUGCUAGUGGAUCAUAUGUCUCACAACAAUCAUCUGGAAGUUAUCAUAAUGUAAAUCAUCCAUCAAAUAUGAACCAUCAAACUUCCCCUCAUGAGCACUAUGGUAUUUCUCCACACAUGGAAGCACCUCAUAUGAGCACAACUCCACAACCUUUGCCACCGAUGAGUUCUUUUCGAGGUGGAAACACUAAUGGAGCUUCAACUGCGACUGUUGCGCCUGUUUCAACGAAUCCAGCCAUUUACAAUCCAACUCUCACACAUCAUGCACCAUCACAUAAUUUGCAAAACGAUACUUUAGUUGGAAAAGCACUUCAAACGAUGUAUCCAAAUGAUCAAAGCAUCAGCAGUUAUAGUUCUAAUCCAUCAACUCCCGUGAAUUCUCCUCCACCACUUACUCAAGCUUCUGGCACUGCAUUGACAAUUCAUAACACAACACCAACUUCUUCAUGGCAGCAAUUAACACCGACAAAUGUUAUCCUAAAUAACUCAUCAGCACAAGUUCUUAAUGGCAUGCAAAACGGACAGUAUGCAACAGAAUUGGUUCAUCGUGGUUUACACAUGUCACAUCAACCUGAAUUAUUGGACGAAGCUUUUGGUAUGCUCAGAGAUCAGGCACAAAAUACUACGGGAGCAAGAAUGGAAGAGCGUCUUGAUGACGCGAUUAAUGUUUUAAGAAGCCACUGUGAACCACAGCUAGCUCUGCCACUUGGUAUGGAUGGAGCAAAUUUAAGUGGCCAUUCAUCAUUCGGACCUUCACAAGCUCCUUCAAGUCAAUCGUCUGGCUCUGUUCUCACCUCAGAUGCUGGUGUUUCGCUACCAAUCGACAUACCAGUCAAAGUUGAGCGAACGAAUGUACCUUCAGCUGCAAAAAAAAGAAAAGAACCUCCAGAUUCUGAUACAAAACCAAGCAGUAGUUCAGUGAGUGGAACAGCAAUAAACAAGGCCAAUGGACAGAAAAGACAAAGACGAUACAAAACAUCUCGCAGUUGUUCCAGUGCCGACGAUGACGAUGAUGACGAAGACUUAGAUCCUAGCGAAAAAGAUCGAAAAGAGAAGGAACGACGACAAGCCAAUAAUGCCCGGGAAAGAAUUAGAAUCCGUGAUAUAAAUGAAGCACUAAAAGAGUUAGGGCGAAUGUGCAUGUCGCAUCUAAAAUCUGACAAACCGCAGACAAAAUUGGGAAUUCUAAAUAUGGCUGUGGAGGUAAUAAUGACGCUUGAGCAACAAGUCAGAGAAAGAAAUUUGAAUCCUAAAGCCGCUUGCUUGAAACGGAGAGAAGAAGAGAAAGCAGAAGACGGGCCAAAAAUCCCACAGCACCACUUACUACAACAAGCUCCAUAUCCUGCUCUGCCGGGACCUCCGCCGAAUCUUCCUCACAACCCUCAACAAUAGCAUUUUGACAUUUGGUGAUAAAUAUUUGAAAAAAAAACAUAGAGAAGGAAGAUAAAAGUAUAUCCGUUUUAUAUUAAAGAGAUGAAGUUUAUAGACACAGAAAAUAUCAAGAGACAAAAAUACAUCAUCGACUUUGAUAUUUUUAAGAUAUGUAAGAUUCUCUUGAAUCGUAGUAAUCCAUGAUGAUUCAGUUUUUAAAAAAGAUAACUUUUAAAAGGAGUUAUAUCUAAGAAUGUAUAUAGCUUAAUUGUAUUAAGGCGAUUGACAAACAUAUGAUAGACAGAUUUCAUACAUAAGUUUUUUUUUUCAUAAAUAAUCGAGCUAAGAAGCAAGGAGUUUAAAUAUUAAUUUUUUAUUAGUUGUUAAGUUGAAAUUUUCUUCUUUUUUUAACUCUGUUAAGUCGACAUUUAUCAUAUCGAUAUUAGAUUUAUUUUUCUUUCAAAAGUAAUGGAAAGUACUUCAAUAUUUAUCUAACUAUCAGCGGUCUUGUUUUUGCUACUUAAACACCUACUUACUUAAAUAAAAGAAAAUUAAUUUUGAUUUCACGCUACCAGUUACAAACAAUUUAAUUAGAUUACGAUGAAGAAUUUAUUCCUUCAGAAAAAGUAAUAAAAGAUUUGAAACUUUAUAAUUAGUUUUCAUCAACGAAUCCCUUUUCUGUGCCAUCAAGUCUUUUAUUUUUUAAAUUAUACCUUUGAUUUCUACAUGAUAUGAUGAUCAUCUUCGGUACAUUAGAAGACACAUAUAAUCGCUAGCUUUUAAGCAAAGACAUAAAUGAAUAUUUCCUCUUGAUUCAUUUCUAAAGGAUGUUUUGGAUGUUAAAAUGAAAUCUUUUACGUUACAAUAUAAUUACUUUAUUACAUUUAUUAUUUUUUAAUACUUAUUAGAUAUCUGUUACAUUCUCGCUCCCUUUUAUAAAUAACAUCAUCAAGAGGGUUUUCCAGUGUGCUUUCUCCAAUGCUGCUCAAUAAUAUUGAAAAAAGAAAAAAGUUACAUUAAGAAAAAAUAUUGAUUAAGUCUAUGAAACGAUCAUUUCUGCUGAGAACAACAAGUUGGAAUGUAGAAAAAUGAGAAUUUUUCGCAAUGUUUUUAAGAAAAGGAGGAAUUCUUAAAUAUUUUUAAAUCAUUUAGUUAUUUAUAAUCCAAUUAAACGAUGCGAUCAUGUAGUUUUCUUUUUGAAAAAUAAAAUUAUAAUAAAAAAAUAUACAUUCUAUAUUUUUAAAGAAAUGCAAAAAAAGUUCUGCUGCUUCAGUGAUGAUUUAAGUUUACUUAUAAAAAGAAAAAAAUAACAUCUUUAGAAAGAAAGUUGUUCGUUCAAUUAUGAGAACAUUUUGAAAUAAUUUCUAAUCUUAAUCUAAUGAAGGAAAAGAAUUAAAUAAUAUUAUAAACAUUCUGUAUUUCAAAAUUUGUCUUAUAAGGGCGUCUGUCUACAAAGAAAAAAUGCACAAAGAAAAUGAAUGUGGCCAUCGAUGAAAUUUAAAUUUUUCAUAGACAGUUAGGUACAUAUUUCCUGGAAUUAUUGAAUUCAGUGUCAAAAGCAUGCAACUCUUACAUACAAAGACUUCUUUUUUAUGGAUUAAAAAAAAUUACAAAUUUUUUUCAAAUCUCAUUUAUUCCACAAUUUUUAUUUAGUUUGGAAUUUAUCUUUAUGAUAAAGCAAGCAGAAAAUAAAAGGUGAAUUGAACUUACGCC